GCGCGCAGGCGCGCGGGGCGGCCGCGAAGCGGGUCCUGCUCCUGGAAGCUCCGGAGGGAGGCGGCUGCGGCGCCGGCCCGGCGGCUGCGUUUCCACGUGCUCCUCGCGGCCGGUUGAAACCGUUGGCGGGCCCUGGCCGAGAGGUGAGGGGCGGCGGCCCGGGGCGCUGGGGCUCAGAGGGACAAGAUUUUUAAACCUAUCUUGGAUAGAGGAUACCUAACCAUUUAGCUAAAAAUGGUCUUUUUUACAUGCAAUGCAUGUGGCGAAUCUGUGAAGAAAGUGCAAGUGGAAAAGCACGCAGCUGUUUGCAGAAACUGCGAGUGCCUGUCUUGUAUUGACUGCGGUAAAGAUUUCUGGGGUGACGACUACAAAAACCACGUGAAGUGCAUCAGCGAGGAACAGAAGUAUGGCGGCAAAGGUUACGAAGGUAAAACCCACAAAGGCGACGUUAAGCAGCAGGCGUGGAUCCAGAAAAUUAAUGAAUUAAUAAAAAGACCCAACGUGAGCCCCAAAGUGAGGGAACUUUUAGAGCAAAUUAGUGGUUUUGACAACGUUCCCAGGAAAAAGGCGAAAUUUCAGAAUUGGAUGGGGAACAGUUUAAAAGUUCACAAUGAAUCCCUUCUGGAGCAGGUGUGGAAUAUCUUUUCUGAAGCUUCCAGCAGUGAACCAGUCGGUAAGGGGCCACACCGACAGCCACGCGACCAAGCAGUCAACCCGCCCAGCACAGAACUUUCCACAAAGGUUCCGGCCUCCCAGACAAAUGACACCACAGAAAAGCAAGCAGAUGUGAAGAAGAAUAAAAGAGAAAGGAAGGAAGAAAGGCAGAAGAAUAGAAAAAAAGAGAAGAAAGAACUAAAAUUAGAGGGCCACCAGGAGAAUUCAAAGAGUCAAAAGCCUAAGAAGCGCAAAACAGGGCCAGCAGCCGCGCAGGAGGCUGGAGGGGACGCCCCGGGCUCUGCAGGGAAGAAGGGCUGGAGCGAGGAGGGCAAGGCCCCGGCGGCGGCGGUGGAUGGAGCCGGAGCCGCCGGGGAGGAGCCGCUGGAGCCGCGGCCCGGGAAGAGAAAGCAGAAGCACAUGGAAGAUGAAGCAGAUACUAAGAAGAAAAAGAAAAAGUUGUCAGAACAUUCUCAGGGUGGCGAACCAGAAAACCAUGAGGCUCCUGCAAAAGGUAAAUUCAACUGGAAGGGAACUAUUAAAGCAGUUCUGAAACAGGCCCCGGACAAUGAAGUAGCGAUCAAAAAGCUCAGGAAAAAGGUUUUGGCUCAGUAUUACGCGGUGACAAAGGAGCACCACAGAUCGGAAGAGGAGCUCCUGACCAUCUUUAACAAGAAAAUCAGCAAGAACCCCACCUUCAAGUUAGUAAAGGACAAAGUGAAGCUUUCGAAAUGAACAUUUUUAUACUCAAAAAUCGAA